GGCGGAGAGGAGAGGCUAGACCGACAUGCCCGCGGCCUGGGCAUUUCGUUGUUUCUGGACGACUGCGACUAUUCGAUCACCUAUAGAAGCGCUUGUGUUUCUUCUGGCUGACAACCAUGACACAUUCCACGAUGCAUGCGCCAGAGUUGUCGAUGCAGUUCAGCAUCGUCUUUAAUUGCAUCAUCUUGAUAAUCUUCUCCCUCAGCUCAGGCAGGCACUUUGCCGGAGCCGAUUUUUUGUUCUUGGAAUGGCCGUGGUUGCGUGGAUUCGCAGCUGCUCAAAGCUCCCAAUGCAUCAUUAUCCAGCGCGUUUUUGCAGUGCUGUUAUCCAGCGCGUCUUUGCAGUGCUGUUGAGUCUCGAAAAU